AUGCGCCGCUGGACUCUGCGAGUUCUGCGCGGCCACAGGGGCUACGCAGACUUGCGUCUCUCCACCCUUCGCCAUGCUCUGGACACUAGCGCCGACGGCCUGGUCGGCGUGGGCCAGUUGGCAGCUCGCCAUAAGGAAGCGUACUUCCCACUCCCAAAGCCCUUCGGGCUUCACUGCGUGCGUGGCUACGAAGUGCACGAGCUACUGCAAAACUACACGAACGAAUCGCGCAGCGAUGUGCUGACACCUUCAGCCUCCGUGGCGGCACACAGCAGCUACGCCGUGGCGAAUGAGUUUCCCUGGUUUCCCUUCUUAUCUUGCCUGGAGACAUUCCCUGAGGCAAAGGAGGCCGUCGCCAGUGCCAUUCUCCAAGCUCUCCCGGAAGGCAGCAAGCUUGGAAGACGCUGGUGGUUUGCGUACGAACUGUUCUUCGAGCGCCUACAACAUCCGGACUGGGAUGGGCAGUUCGAGGCCGUGCCGUUCCUGCCGCCGGAGCGGUUUUUCUGCACCUCUGGGAGGUUAUCGGCUCGCCAUGGCGUGCUCGACAACUUGCUGGGUGGCAAAGACUUCUGCCCAACUGUCGAGAAGUUCGCCGGCGCCGAGGAGGCUGUUGAGACUUUUCGUGCGGAACUUAUGGACGUGCUGUCGCCCAUUUGUAUGAUGACUGUGAAGGACUUCUUAACCGAUGCUGGUCUUCGCCAAGGGGCGGCUGUGGAUGAGGAAAAGUGGCAACGCCUUCUCAGGCAGCUUACGGAAGGAGGCUUGUCCAUGACCGUGGACGAGCGCGCUGAGCUACGUGAGCAACUGGGUGGCGCGCCAAUGGAUGCAGGUCGCCUGGUCAACUUUGCUUCUUGGCUUCGAGGGGAGUCAGCGUUGGCAUUUCGACUGCGGGAACAUCUCCUGGGCGUCGAGCCCAUUGACCUGCAGUGGCAUGCCCCUGGCGAGGUCUUCUUGGAUCGCCUUUCGCGAGUGAUCUCCUCGGUUGAGACUCGAGCAUCGCAGCUCUUGGAGGGUGAGCUGCCGCCCGAUAGAAAGGAGCGCUUCUUCGUGGAUGCGAUUUCCAAGCCCUGGACUCGCAGCGACGUCGUUGUGAACAUGGAUUCGAUAGCUCGCCUUCAGCAGGGCCUCCUUUCCACCGGGCGGUAUGAGGAGGUCCAGAAGACGCAGGUGAAAGGUGAGCCGCGACGCACUACACAGAACUGGAUUUCCUCGGAGAAGCACGAUGAUGAGUAUGGCAAGGAGAUCGUCCUUCACUACUUGCCACCCCCUCCGAACUUUCUGCCCGAGCUGUACAAAGGUUACUUCGAGUGUGUCCACAGGAUGUUGGAAGAUCCAGACAUGGAUCCGAUCGUUUGUGCCACCAUCGCGAAGAUCGCACUGAACACGCUCCACCCAAUGGCAGAUGGCAACGGGCGGGUGCAGCGGAUGAUCUUCCAGCUCGUGCUCUUUAGGUUCAACUUCCUCCCGCGAGUGAACAUCCCCGUGUCCGUGGUAAUGCUGCAGGAUCGUACCGGCUACGAGGUGAUGCAGUGGUCGACUCUUCAGAAGUUGAUGACAGAUCUGGGCUUCGUGCGUGCGCGGGUCCAUGGACGACGCAUUGCUGCCACCAAGGGCAGCCACGAAGAGACUUGGGCCGCAUCUGGGAUUGCCAAGACCUUCAAGAACGACGCGACGCGUGGAGUGUCCUAUGCAAAGGUGGGGGGUGUCUGGAUCCUCGCGCGCCUUCGAGGUCUCGGUAGGGUCGUCAUUGGCAGUCUACAUUGUCACACUGGGGCGACCAAUGCGAUCUAUCAAUCGGCCAUCCUCCAGUACAUCCACGACUGUCCUAGCAAAUGGAGACAAUAUCCUGCGUGGUGCGGUGUUGACACCAAUGAACUCCUUCCUUGGACCGCGUCUGACGCUGGAAGCGGUCAACUGGCCAAUGGCAGCAGCAACCUCAACGAGCUCGCCAACCAACUUUCGAACCUGGGCAUUCAGGCCAUUGCACCGAAGCCAGCACAGUGGUCUCAGCCGUCUCACUUCCCACGUGACCGAAAACGCAGAGGUCGCCAGAUUGAUGCAACGUGGUCACGACAUCUUCAGACCUCACCGACCGUCAUCGAUCCAGAACGUCGCCAUGUCAUUGGAACUGAUCAUGCAAUCCUUUUCUGUGAUGUGUUCACAAAAGGGAGAUCUUUUCUUCGCUGGGGGAACGACUCUAGGCCCAGAUAUGUCACUGCGGAGCUGCCAGAGACCAUUAUUGUCGAUGCCAAAGACCUCUCCGACCUUGCCAGAACCUGUAGUGCUCCACGGCGCAGCUCUGCCUAUUGUGAUCCCACAGAAGUCACCGACUUGAUCAAGCAAGCACAGGCUCACAACGACCCUCAGGCUUGGAAGAGAGUCCAUCGUGUACGUCGUCAGGCCCGACGUCUUUGGCACCAUAAACGCUUGACCAAGAUCUUACAUGGCAACUGGCAUGAGUAUCGUCUCCUUCAAAAAGAACGCAAAAGAAAGACAGGCUGGUGGGGUGGUUUACUCCAGAAAUCCUCGUCCAAGGAACUCACGGCCAGGGUGCAAAGCCAUCUUGAGAGCAAGCUCGUCAAUGAAUUUGGUUGCGACUGGGAUGAACUUUUGGACACUCAGAUCCAAACUGUUGAGCUCAGGGGUGAAUUUGUUCCCUUUUCAAUCCUUGACAUCCGCGUCGCCCUUCAAGACAUGAAGACUCACAGUGCUGUUGGACCUGAUGGCAUCAGCGUGCAUUUUCUGCGAGUUGCUGCUAGUGAUGAUACCAUUGCUCCCCAGCUACUUGAAUUGGUGAAUCACAUUGCCUCGACAUGUGAACUUCCUGAAAUCUGGAGGGAUAACUUUUUGGCGCUCAUUGCGAAGGUCGACUUUCCGUCCAAGCCCACAGACUUACGACCAAUUUGCGUCAGCUCAGCAUUUCACAAGAUGAUCAACAAAAUGAUCUGCGCUCGUGUUAUGCCGACUCUGCGUUCCGGUUCUCUUAUUUCAGGUUGUGGUAAAGGACGCCAAGCAGCUGAUGUGAUUGGUGCAAUUGGUCGUGUCAGAGAUGUUACAGUUGAAUGGCAAUUGCCCACCUUGCUUUGUAAACUGGACAUCUCAGGUGCAUUUGACAAGCUGGACCGCAUGAAAGUUGUCGAGUAUCUCAAGACUCGACUUCGUGACAAGGACCUUGAACAUGAACUUCGUUAUCUCUUGGCGCAACUUUUCACUUACAAGCUUGUUGGCCAAGUGCCUGGGGGUGACUUCAUUCAGGUCGAACCCAACGUUGGCAUUAAACAAGGGGCGCCUGAGAGUGCCGAGGUGUUUGGGCUCGUAAUGGAUGAUAUCCUCUCCCGACUUACCUCGCACCGUGCCUGGGGUGACUUCGGCCUUGCCUUUGAUGACUGUGAGAUUGAGCUCGUCUUUUACCAGGAUGAUAUUUUCUUGAUUGAGUCCGAGCUUGUUCGCCUCGGGAAGAAAGUCAAGGUCCUCGAGCGAUGUCUUGAGAAAGAUGGUCUUCAUCUCGCCACGGAGAAGACCAAAAUAGUCUCUUCAGCCUUCUAUCGCGGCGCCAAAAAGGUCCAGGUUGGUGGGUCGACUUUUCAAGUUGCCCCGGCUCAUGAGUCUGUCAAAGUCCUUGGCCUGUCCUUUUCUUUGCGAGAGAAACCCUCACAGCAGGCACGAGAACUCCUAGGCCGGACCCGGGAUGCAGCAAUGGUUCACCGUGAUAUCCUUCGAGGACACGCCAACUGGGAGAAAAAAGUUGACAUGAUGCGCACCUUAGUUGAAAGUCAGUUUGCAUGGACCGCCGGUGCAGUGCACUGGUCCCCAGAAGAUCUACGUCAAGCCAACAUGUUGCAGAUCCACACCAUGCGCACGGCCUUCCGUAUUUCUCGACAAGCUGAUGAACGCUGGCAUGAAUGGAACGCACGCAGCAUGCGCACCUGCCGAGAACUACGAAAACAGUGCUCCCCACGUCCUUCACGCUCUUUUCUUUUCAUGUUUGCCCUCGCGCUGCCCGUCCUGGUGCACUUGGCGUGGAGCAGCCCUUGGGAUGGUAGUGACGAAUGGCGGCCUACUCAGACCUGGGAUGAAUGGGAAUCCACAUGGGAGGGAAACCCGUCCUCUUCUACUCAGUGGACUGCCUGGCAUCAGCAUGAUGGGGUGAACAAUGUGGCUUCUGAGAACUCUCAACUUGUCCACACACCUUCGCCGUCGUCACUGCAACCCACGGCCUCAUCACCUUUGACCGACCUGCCUUUAACCUGUGCAUCCUCGUCGACGUGCACCGCGGCUACACACCUGGUGAACCACACCCAGCAGCUCAUGGAUACUACUUCGGCUUCUUCUUCGACCUGGAUCCCACCUUCUACGACCUCCUGCCCGUCUGGCGCCUGGAGCUCUUCACCGCCGUCCUCUUCGAGUACCCGUCGAGUGCCGAAUGACCCGCCAGCCUGCCCGGCACCAGGUCACACUGCAUCGUGGAGCACAGGGGUGACUUCGCCAUUGCCUCCUUCACAGGAUCAGCUUCGACCUUGGACAAGGGAAGAAAUCAUGCUACGAAUGGCAGAGGCAUGGGAUGAAGAACUUUGCUGGGGCCUCCAGGAGGAAGCCAUUGUGGAGUAUAUCGAGACGGAGACCGCCCCAAAUGCUCAACUUCCUGAUGAACCCGUUUCGCUGCCUCCUAUCCCGGAAGACCUACCUCUUCCCUUUGAGCUCGCUCGUCAAUGUGCUGAUUUGUCCGCUGUGGACACAACAGGCCAGACCUGGUGGGAUCAAGUUCGAGAUCGUCGCCAACUUCGUGGGCAAGAUGGUUUCCAGCUACGACGUGAUCGUGUAACUUAUAAUCGGAGCAACGCUGGCACCACGGUCCUAGACACUCCAAGCACGUCCAGCUCUUCGUCUUCGCAGUGCCCAGCAAAUGUGGGAACUCCAGCCAACAGCAAUGUGCCUACUGCCCCUGCACAGGAAGCUGAUGAUGAUACAUCCUCCUCCUCUUCUACGGUGACAGGUAUCACACAACGCUGGGGAGUUCAACGACCAGGCGUUGACCGCUGGCACUACCCCAACGGUACCAUCAGACGCCGCCUUCAUGAAGCCGGAACUACCCAAGCCGCGACGUCGCCUACUCCACCGACCUCCUUCAACAUCGAGGGAGUCGUUCAGCACCCGGAGGGUCCCGCACUUAAGGCGCGCACCUUUUACGGAGAUGCAUUUGAGGUCUGGGCCUCAGGGGCUACGGUAAGCCAGAACGAGUCGAGCACCACGGCCGGAGAUGGAAGUUUGGGUGACUCGGAAGAGGGUUGGACAUCCUCCACUGGCUCGGCGAGUUCCACUGAUGUGGGUUUCUACCGGCAUGGAGUCUGGCACCCAAGACAUCGAACGGCCAGUGAGCAACGAGCUCACCGGGGUGGAAGUGGCGAGGCUCGUAUGAGUCGCAAGGCCGCUCGGGUCGCUGAAUACCUGGCAGGUUCUUGGAAACCGGCAUGGUUAAAGCAGUAUGCCCGUGAGAAAGAAGCACGUCAGGCAGCACAACGAGCCGAGGCAUCCACUGGGUCGCCUCCCCAUGUCCUUGAUGAAGAAGAGACAACCGACAUCGACCUCGGCCACUCCGUUUCAGUACCCUCAGCUGAACCUUUGCCUCCUCCUACUGCCGAGACCUGGGAAAAUUGGUCCUGGACUGGCUGGCGAGAGUUUGAAGAUGGACAACAAUCCUGGAGUUGGCAUGCUGAUGGAACCUGGAGUUGGAGAGGCAAUGAUGGAACUUGGGAUUGGUGGUCUGGGUACUCGUCGACUUCGUCUACUUCGAGGGACGAUGGGAAUUGGGAAUGGUGGUCUUGGCAAUCGUCGACCUCGUCUACUACCUCCACCAUCAAUGGCACGGACCAUCAUCUGUGGAGUCAGGAAGCCCAAGUACAACAUCACGGGGUGACUUUGCAUUGGAUCACCUCAUCUUCACCGUGGGUGAGUGUAGUUCAUCAGGUGUCGAUGUUGGGCUCUUCUAUUCCCUGGAUCACCUCGACUACAUCGACUACCACCUUGAAUGAGAUUGAGGAUCCCCCGACCUUGCCUCCUAAUGCCGGGUUAUUCCCUGAUGUGUUUCCCAUCGACCCAGAGACCCAUGGAAGAAUGAGUAUUACGAAUGGCGAGGUGGCUACGUUGCAGGAAUAUGGCGUCUCCCAGAGUCACAUUCGACGAGUCUCCGAUCUCCUGGAUGCUCUGGAUCGCCAAGAACGUAUGGGUCUUGGAGCAGAGAGCCGAUGGGCGUUUGAACGUCUACUUCAACGAGCUUCUGAAGGCGCCGAUGCUCAGCAGGCAAUUCUCCAAGUAUUGAGACGCCGUCUUCUUCCUCGAGGCCUGCUCCCCAUCACUCGUGUACCAAGAACCGAAGCACUUCGCUGGAAUAUGUUCUCUUGGGUGCGACAGUUCAUCCCACUGUUUUUGGACAACAUGGAGCAGCACCUCCGCACUCCGCUGCAGCCUCACGAGGGUGAAAUCAGCUCAUCCAGUGCUGAGGGCAGCUUGCCACGCAGUCGGAGUAGGUCACCACGAGGGGCGAAUGAGUCUACAGGUGAACAUGAAUCAGACCUGGUAGGGGAUGAUACUAUGGUGGACAACGAGUCAACUAGUGCACUUCCUACUGCUGCACUAGCUCACCUUGCCCCUGUUGAACUUCAAGGCAUCUGGCAAGAACCAGUGGAGGAGAGCACACUACCAGACCCUCAAUCUUCGAGCUCCACUUGGAUGGGUGAAUUGUCUUCUACCACCUCGACUACUUCGUCUUCUUCGUCCUCGACCAUGUAUGACCUCAACUGCUGGGUGGUGAUGCAAGAAGAUGUUGAGGGAAAUUGUGCCCACGAAGAAGACCUGCUGGAUGAACACUCCUUUAUGCAGCAGUCGUUGUGCAGUUUGCAGUCCUUGGUGUUGCCUACUUCGACUACUUCGACUACAACGACUUCCCCAUGGACACCACUGUGUACGACCUUGACUUCGAGCACCUUCCUGACGGUGACUACUACGACUACGUCUCGUUUGUCCACAGAAGACGCAGUCCGGGAUGAAGUCAACCAUCAAUUGGUUAUUUCAGCUGAAGCGGAUGUACCUGAGCUGUUGCGACGACUUUUGGUACAUCAGCGUCGUCUUCUCCACCUGCUACGCCUCACGCAAGUGGCCCUCGAUGAAGCCCUUCGCUGGAUACAAGUUCCUCGUGAAGCACUGCCUCUGAACGCUAACGUCCAUGAGCGACGAGUGUGGACAGCAAUUGUGCGAGAAGUCUGCCAGACUCACUUGGUGCAGUUGAAGAAGCGCUCCCAGGAGUACCUGAACACGCCUGGGCAGCUUACCGACGACGUGGAUGGAGACGACAUGUAG